GAUUUAGGAAGGCUUGAUUUACAAUGUAUUCUGCUGAAUAUACAAUACUGCUGUCUGUGUACCUUUGAAGGUUUCUGUAAGAGAUUAUUUGUGUGAAUGAGGAAUGCAUGCAUCAGGAAAAGAUGAGGUGUGAAAGCCACCACAGAUGUCCUGAUGGUCAAGAAAAAGUGAGAGACUUGAAAAAACCAGGAGACAAUCAGAAAACAUCCAUUGUAUCCGAUGCUAAACAUGUUAGCAGCAUUGACGACCUCAGAGGUGAGGCAGGCACCCCCCAAGGCAAGACAACAAAUAAGAGAUAACGAUGGGAAGCCCGACAACAACCAUCAAAUGAUAACACCACUUAAGGACUAAUGGUUACAGGAUGACAUUGCAAAAUGCAUGGACUCAAAUGGGAAUUUACAACUAUAAAGCUGGAGUGUUUUGCCAAUUCAGAAUGCCAUGACUUUAAUUCUUGCGAUUGGAACACGAAAGUAUGGAUAAAUGAUUGUGCUUUGCUUUCAGCCCACUUGACUAUGGCCAUCUGGUAUUAAAACAGCCUGGAAAUUGGACCAUGGAUCUAGAAAGAUGAUUCAAAUGAAGAAAUAACAAUGAGUCUUGUGUUCUUUUCUCAUAUCUUUAUCAGCAGCCUUUUCUCAUUCUUCACUGUCGUCAAGCAUUGCCUGGGCCUCUUCUAAAAACAUCUGGAUUGGCCAGUUCAAUGUGGCUAUGGUGGAGGUUCAGCUAGAGCCAACACAUGUCUACCCUCCAGGUCUCUUGAUAGCUUUCAGUGCCUGUACUACUGUGCUUGUUGCUGUUCACCUCUUUGCUCUCAUGAUAAGUACCUGCAUUCUUCCAAAUAUAGAGGCUGUUAGUAAUGUGCACAAUCUCAACUCUGUAAAGGAGUCUCCGCAUGAGCGUAUGCACCGGCACAUUGAGCUCGCCUGGGCAUUUUCCACUGUCAUUGGGACUUUGCUCUUCCUUGCAGAGGUGGUGCUGCUCUGUUGGGUGAAAUUUCUUCCACUGAAGAGGCAUCCUCUUGUUUCAGCCAAUGACAACAAUUCUACUAUCACCCCAGGAGAGGCAGCAGCCAUUGCCUCAACAUCUAUUAUGGUUCCUUUUGGAUUGAUUUUCAUUGUGUUUGCAGUCCACUUCUAUAGGUCACUGGUGAGCCACAAAACAGACAGGCAAUUUCAAGAAUUGAAUGAACUUGCUGAGUUUGCACGACUCCAGGAUCAGCUGGACCACAGAGGCGACACCUUGCCACCUCCUGGCAGCCAUUUUGCAUAAAACUAUAUUUUGUAUAAAAAUCCCAUUUUUUUUCUGCCUUUCUAUGUUGACUGCUCCCUGCAUGAACUAGCUGGACUCUUGAUUUAUUUUAAAGAGAGAUUUAUAAGUACUGUGCUAAUUUCUUACAGUAAAAAUAUACCAUGACAUCUUAGACAACUGACAUCUGAAGAGACUGAUGUUGGGGUAUGGCUGCACUGAGCAUGCAUCUCUCAUUCCUCCUCUUACCUUCUGGAUUGUUUCUUUUUAAUGUUGAAUGGUGAAUAUAUCAAUGAAUAAGAGGAAUUAAAUUUUAGGCCUCAGUAUAUGUUAGGGGUGGGAGGGAAGCCUUAUUUCUCUCUAUUUGAUGUUGGUCUUUGCUACGACGUAUUGCUUGUCCGAUACAUGUUGCAUGGCACAAUACAAAUUGCUUGGGACAUGUAGUAAUUAGCAUUUGGUUUCAGCGCUUGUGCUGUGAUCUCUAAAAGUCUGAUGAAAGGUAAAAUUGAGAGCUUUUCCACCUUCCCUUUUCCCAUUAGCUCCCCCAAUCAUGUUUUUCUGCCAAGUAAUUAUUACUUUACUAAUUUCUAUAGGGCCUUUUGCCAUGGCAGCUAUAAAUUCUUACUCUCCAGAUACCCAUGACCAGUCCUAUUACAAUGUGGUAUGAUCUGCAUCUGUAGGACUGUGGCCCUAACUUUACUCUUCUUUUGGGAAGAAAAUAUAGAAAAAAGCAUAUCUGCUUUAAUGUUCAUGGGAGCAGAUAUGUUAUCAGAAGUGAUAAAAUUGCCUGUUUUCAUUGAGGAAACAUUUUAAAAAUUAAAAAUAGAUGGAGAAACUACCACUGGAUUUUUUUUUUCUUCCUUGAAAACUUGCUAUUAAUGGCUUUUCUCUAGCAAUAACAUACACUGGUAUAGAUUUAACCACAGUAGAACUACUGCUGUGGUUCCAAACCAAUAUAGCAAAUAUUUUAUACUUUUUAAUAUAUUAAAUAUAUUUUUUAAUAAAUUCUCAGAUACAAAUGAUAACAGGCGCUUUGUCUGUGUGGGAAUUCCAAGUAAUUAGCUGCACUUUGAUCUUGUUUGGUAGAAAAAUCUUCUGCUUCCUCAAAUAUUGUAUUUAAGAUAUUAAAAUCUUAAUUACACUUGAUUUUUGCUUCCAAUGUUGUGGAAGACCACUUAUUGCCAUAUAGACUUAUUUAUGAAAACAAAUGAUUUUUAUUUUAAGAAGUAGUAUUGCUUCUUAAUUGUAAGACGUGCAUCUUUUAUUGAAUGAAGCUGCUGUUUUAGCCUCAAGCUACUGUGUCAAAUUCGAACUUCUUCCUCAAGCAAAAACUGACACUUGACAAGGAUUAUAGGAUUUGGCUUCAACUCCUUCAGAAUUUGUGUGACUCUAGAUACAUUAAAAAGUGAAUUGUGGCUUUUGGGCAGGGCUUCUCCUGCCUUCACUGAAGGAUGGAAAUGGGUGGGUUAGUUGGUAAAAAUCUCUUUGAACCCAGAAACUACCAGUUUCUGAUAUGUUCAGCUCCCAUGGAACAGAACUGGGAUCUCAGCUCAUAGCUGCUAAAAUAGAAUGUAAUCCUGUAAUUUUGUGAUGGAGGUAACAAAUUCAGUCGUGGCCUAAUCGGAGCUAUGCCUCUUUGACUUCAAGUGAAGCUGUGCAUGCUUAUGCCUACAUUGAAUGUAGUCAAUUAUACCCGGCCUCUUUACCAGAUGAAUUCAACAUGCUUUACAUAUGAAGGUCCUAAUUUUGCAAACACUGGCUCCUGAGGGUAGUACUUACUAUCAUGAGUAGGCCCACUUGCAUCAAUGCAACUGACUUAUUAGCGCAAGCACUAUACCCAGUAAGAUGUGUUGACAAGACCGGACCCAAAGUGCAGUUUAUAUUCUGAAAAAUUACUUUAAAAAUUGUAUCCAAGUGCUGUGGCUAUAUCUGAGUGACAUUUUUGCUCCUAUUGUGCUCUGUUCACAAGCAAAAAAUAAAUUGUGAGUUGCCAUCCCCCAAAACACCUGGGUAUGAAAGUCAAACAGAAAUUCUCUCUGGUUUUGACAUUACCAGUUGUAUUUUUGCCACUUAAAUAUAAUAGUUGAUGAGCAGAAUUCCACUCACUGUUCCACAACUGUUUGUUCCUGCAGUGCUAAUAGGAUUAAAUUAGUAAAAACUUUAGUAAACGGUAUUCUGAAAUAGUCAUGAAAAUUUACCAGCCUGAGCACAAAACCCAGUUGCCAAUCCUUUACUGAGUUGUUGACAAUGAUAAAUCUAAUUAUACCUUACUUAUCCUGGGAAAGUAGACUUUUAGAAAGCUGUGGUAAAGUAAGCAGCAUGGAGAAAAUAUCUUAGAGGACACUAUCAAGUUUAAAUAAAAUUACACUUUUUUGAAAGCUUUGUACCUUACAAUUUAUAACUCUUAAAAAUUACUAUAGAUGAAAGAGGAUAUAAAAUAAAUAAAUAACCCCACCCCCCACCCAAGGGGUGUGUGUAGAAGGUCACUUUCAUUGUUUCUCCUGGAUAGGUCACUUUUCCCCUAUUCUGUGAGUCUUUCACAAAGCAACAGCAGAGGAAAACGUUUAAAAAUAGAAAAUAUGGGUUUGUAAAAGUACAAGGUAAACAGGGCACCUUAUUAAUUUUUUUUUAAGCUGUUUGGAUUCCUUUUAAAUUAGAGCUAUUUCUAGUCAUUUUUCUGACCAUAAGUGCACUUUAAGCCUUUAGGCACAGCUCAUGUAUGUAUUUCCCCCAUUCUUCAACUGGGGAAAUGGGCACAAAAGAUGUGCCUUGUGCAAAAUCACAUAUUAACUGUGUGGCAGAGGCACAAAUAAAGACCAGAACUCAUGAUGUCAAGUCUGUUCUCUAACCAGUAGAGUGCACUCAAUUUUAUUUUGAUCCCUUGUUAUACUAAUGGUAUUAAUCAUUUACUUUAAACAGUUUAAACAUCAGUUACUGUAUAUAUUCUAUUUAGAUUUAAAAUUGAAAUAAAUUAUGCUUAUAAUUUGUCUUGCCACCAAGACAUCUGACAAA